AAAAAAAAGUUUAAAACUUUUUGCUUUUCAAAAAAAGUGACACGUCAAUUAAAUAUAUAUAUAUAUUUAACAUUUAAAAAAUAUUUCCCCAAAAAUAUUUUUGCAAAAGUUUUUUUUCUUUGAUUAAAAAUAGUUUUUUUGAUUGAUUAGGACACAAAUGUCCUACCCAUAAUAUCAAGCAAGUCAAAAAAAAUCGAUUCGAAUUAAAAUCUCGAUUCUAAUGCCGUACGAUAGUAAAUCGAUUCUUAAUUUCCAAAAAUCGAUUUUUUAUUUAUUUAUUUAUUUUUGUCUUUUCGGCCGCCAUACUAGACUUCCGCAAUAUCAGCGUGGUCUGGCCUGCAUUGGCUGCAGAGGGGCGUGCACUUUCUACGGUGUUGUUGGCUGCUGCUAAAAUGGAGGGAGGGAAUGAAGAAAAAGAAAUACAACCGGCUCCGAGAUCUUUGAGGGCAAAAGUUUGGAAAUACUUUGGUUUUUACCGUGAACCCGGGGGCAAAAAAGGACUUGACAUGCAAUAUACCAUUUGCAAACUUUGCCACGCUAAAGUGAAGUAUUUUGGGAACACUUCCAACCCUAAGGCUCAUCUAGACAGACACCACUCUGACUGGGACGACGAACAAACACUACCACCAGCAUUGGCUAACCAGCCCACAAUUCAGCAGUUGGCAAAACUGCCACACAACUCUCCACGGGCAAAGAAGAUAACCAAAUCCAUCGCCUACUUCAUCGGUAAAGACAUGAAAACUUAUUGCACGGUGGAGGGGGAAGGCUUUCGGUACAUGGUGAAGACGAUGGAGCCACGUUAUGAAAUACCUUCACGUACGCACUUCACUAACGCAGUUGUACCUCAUCUUUACCGUGACACAAAGAAAAAGGUUGGUCAAGCCGUGAUGAAAGCCGACAGAGUAGCACUCACGUGUGAUCACUGGACAUCCAGGGCGACCCAGUCAUACGGCACGUUCACAGCCCACUACAUCACAGCUGAAUGGACGCUCCAGUCUCAGGUACUGCAAACUAGGGUGAUGCAUGAAAGUCACACUGCUGCUAAUGUGAAUGCAACGUUUCACCAAGUCGCAAAAGAAUGGAAUCUGUCGCUCGAGGACUUGGUUAUUGUAACUGAUAACUAAAGAUACACGAUAAUAUCGGUCACCGAUAAUUAUCGGCCGAUAAUGGCAAUUAUGACGUCACACAGAUAAUCCAGAUAAUUAAAAAAUUCAACCGAUAAUGCAAUCCGAUAAUUAUAUACUUGAUUUAGCCUCCAAAUGUGCGCAACCGAAGAAUUCAGCACGCCGCCUCCUCAACCCCUCCCCUCUCUGAAGCCCCUGAGGGAGGAGGGGUUGAGGAGGCGGAGUUACACGACAAGAAGUAGUUGAAUAUUAUGGCGGCUGUUACUAAAAAAACGACAUUCUCGCCAUCUGCGAAACAUGUACCAUAGAAGUUCCGCGAGGCAGAAAGAAAGCAUCCUCAUUCAAAACCACUAAUCCAGCAGCCAUCUAAAACUGCAUCACAAAGAUUUUUGGAACGAAUACGAGGCUGCUGCUAGCGGGAAUGCUAAAGCUAUUGUAAACACUAACUAAGUUAAACUACAGGGCUUGUGACGAUACAGAGUCGGGCUGUUUGGGAAUGCAGCCCAAGGCGGGUGGUAAAUUCGCAUCUAAGGCUAAACACCGGCACGACUGGAGUCCGAUAGUCGGCAAGUAGCCGUCUUCCGACGGAGCCCGCCGCUCUGGCCGGUCCGGCAGGCCGCCGCCGCCUUGCCAUAGUCGGGGCGGGCCGAGCCCGGUUCCCCGGCCUCAGGACCUCCGGCGAACACCCCGGUUUCUCGAGCGUUCCCCCACGGCGUGCGAGCAGAGCCAGGACCCGAAUACGCCGCGGCGAACCGGCCGGGGCGGGCGGAUUAUCCGGUACGAACGUAGCUGCCGCCGCCGAGACAAGACAGGUUUUUUUUUUACCUAAAUGACCCGAGAACCAAAUCCCUGGAUAAAAAAAUAAUGCAGUUUAUACGACCACCAUUCUUCAUGAAAAAGUGAUGUCCAGUAAGCAAGCUUAUCAUGAUGCCACAGUAGUUCGAUGAUAAUUUAAACAUGGAGAAAACGAAGUCAGCCAGUCAAUAAUGCAUUCAGUAUGUAAAAUGAUGAGCGGUCAGAUGACUUUGUAACGCUGCCUUUAUUUUCGCCUUAACAAAACUCAGGCACAAAACAACACGCACGCGAAUGCGAGCUCCAACUCCGUCCAAAUAGUACUGCCGUGUAGCAGUUUAGCUGCUGUAAAACAAAUGUCGUGAAAGCCGCAAAUGUAAACAAAGCGCUGCAGAAUGGGUACAUGACAUCUCGCUCUUUUGAGUUAAUCAUUUUCACAGUGUGCAACAAAGCAUAUAACAUUAGCAAUCACUUUUCAAAUUAUUUAACUUAUUUCUCUGCUCAAUUACAGUCACAGUAGAUAAUCAAAUUCUUAAAUCAAUAUUCUGUAGCCACAAAUAUUAUUCAAAAUCUUUCCUUCUUCCAAUUUUUUUUUUUUUAAGGAUGAAGUAUAAUAAUGUUUUGCUUAAAACAAGGCUGUUAAGAUUAUUUUCAGCUAGCUAUUUUUCUUCCAAGAAAUCUGAGAGAAAUGCACUUGAAGCGAUGGCAGAUAAUUUCACUUAUUGCCAAUAGAUUUACACUUAAAACUGACUAGUUUUAAGGAGGUGUGUUUUGCAGUGUAUUAAUGUUAUAUAUGUUAGGAAUGGUUUACUUGUAAAGGCAUUUUUGUGCAACUUAGGUAUUUACUCUGUAAGUAAUUGUUGCCAAAGGUUUACCAUUACACAAUGUCAGACAAUCUGUCAUUAUUUAGAUGUUUGAAUUGACGACUUGUUCAUAUUUUAUGUUGAAAAAAAGAGCAAUAAAUUAUAUUUUUGCACAGUAAUAUUUUCUUUUGUGUAUACUUUAAAAUUUUACAUAAAUCUUUUAAUAGAAUUAUCGGCUUGACAUUAUCGGUUAUCGGUUGGAAUGAGGAGGAAAUUAUCGGUUGAAAAAUGUAUUAUCGUGCAUCACUACUGAUAACGCAGCGAAUAUGAUUGCUGCUAUGCAGAUGGACGAGAAUCUAACACAUGUGACGUGUUUUGCGCACACUAUCAACCUCGCAGCCAAGCGAGCUCUGAAGCUUGGUACCACCGCGCGGCUGCUGGGGAGGAUUAGGCGAAUAGUUGGAUACUUUCACAGGAGCACGUGUGCGGCUGAAGCCCUCGUAUCCGCUCAGAAAUCUCUUCAGCUGCAAGUUGAUGAAGGGGGGGUACGUGAUUGUGACGAUGAUGAUGAUGAUGAUGAUGAUGAAGAUGGUGGUGACACUGACAUCCGCGACGGGGUAACUAGCCACAAGUUGAUAAUCGACGUCGAAACCAGAUGGAAUAGCGCGCACGAUAUGGUCGAACGGUUUUUGGAGCAACAGCCUGCCACUUGCCUUGCGCUCCUCUCUCCUGACGUGCGAAGAAAUAACACUGCCGACUCCACCGCACUAAAUGAUGAUGAAAUCAAGAAUGCUGAAGAAAUGAUGAAGGCACUAAAGCCCAUGAAGGACGCCACCAACAUCACGUCAGUGGAUUCAUCCCCAACACUGUCAAUCAUAGCUCCAUUACUUCACCAAAUGCUUAAUGACAACACAGACAAGGGAUUUGCUCCAAAAGCUGGUGACAAGCCACUUGUUCGUGAAAUGAAACGGGCAAUCCAUGAAGACCUGUCAAGAAGAUACACCAGUGAGAAGACCAAACUCUUGCUUCACAAGGCCUCUGCCCUCGAUCCCAGGUUUAAAGCACUUCCUUUCCUUGCUGCAGAAGAACAGGUGGACAUUGAAGCCAGUCUGAUAAGAGAGGCUGCAUCACUUGAGGACCAGCAGAUGAGGCCAGGAGACGGAGUGUCAGACAGCAGUCCUGGGGAGUCAGCUGGAGAAGGUCCUGCCCGGAAAAGAAAUUCAGCAUCUGCUGCACUGGUCAAUCUGUUGGGAUCUACAUUUAAUACAGAGGUCAGAGUUGUUCCAUCAGCCAGUAGCAGAGCUGAGGAGGAGCUGAAAAGGUAUUGGGCAGAGCCUGCACUUGCUCUUACAGAAGACCCCCUUGAGUGGUGGAAGUCAAGUGAGAAAUCUUUCCCUCUUCUAGCCAAAUUAGCUAAACGCUAUUUAUGUAUCCCUGGCACAAGUGUUGCAGCAGAGCGAGUGUUUUCCACUGCUGGAGAUGUGGUGAAAGCACAGCGCAGCUGUCUUACUCCAGAACACGUAGACCAGCUUGUUUUCUUGCAAAAGAACCUCAACAUUAGUGAUUGCUGAAUGAUGGAACCUGGAAGGUAGUCCUAGUCCGACCUACAAUGUCAAAGUUGUCAAGCAUUUGUCUAAUGAAGAGAACAGUAUUUUAGUUUUAUUCAUUCUAAUUUUAUGUAUGUAUCCGUUUCAGCACUGCAUUUUUAUGUUUGGGUUAAUUUAAUUUAUUGGCUUUUUUUUGUGGUUCGUUUAUAUGCAGUCUAUUUAUUAUUAUUUAAUUUUUUUGAAAGUGGUGGUCAGAAAUGUAAAGGCAGCUAGCCUACACUUAUUUCAUUUUUGAAGCAAUUUUAUUUUUAUACACAAAGUUUACAUUGUGAGUUUAGUUUGCAUUGUGUCACUAUUAACUCAAAUGUUUGAGUGACACUGAGAGUUUACUGUUUACCUUUUGCACAAUUAAUUUUCUUGUUACAUUAAGUUUGUGGAAAGUUUGUUUGUUGGAGGGACUUGUGUAUUGUUUGUGAGAGUGAGACCGUACUUAGUCUGUACAGGACAGUGAGUUCAAAAGUUCCAACUACCUCUGUCUGCAUUACAUCUGUUUCAUAGCCCCACUGUUCUAUGACUCUGCCAGGCAAAGUCAGGGUGUCUUUUGUAGAGAUUUGUGCAAUUUAAAUAAAUGAGAAGAACAUGUUGUAUUUAAUCUUUUGUCGUUGUGUUUUCAAAUUGUUCAGUUGCUAAAUUAUAAAACCAUUUGUUUAAAUAUACAGUGGUACCUCUACAUACGAUCACUUCGACACACGAUCUUUUCGACAUCCGACGUAAAAUUUGAGCCGCCAUUUGUUUCUACAUCCGACGAGUUGCUCGAAAUACGACGACAUGACAGCACUGCAAACGAACCCACGGUGGAUUUUCUUAUGUGAGAAAUCAACAGUUUUCAAAAAAAGUUGAUACAGUUGGAGAAACAAGGAAAAAAGUGAUGCUUACCUUUGAAAUGAAGAUGCAAGUUAUAGAAAAAUAUGAGCUUGGGGUGCGCGUCCCUGAACCGGCUCAACAAUACAGCUCCAUGGUCCUCUUAUGACCACCGUUCGCCACUAUUUAUAAGUUAAGGUGACAAUUAUUAUUGUGGUAACAUUGCCAAGGAAAUCGCCAGCUUUGUCACGUUUUUAUCAUUUAUUUAAGAACUUAUCCAACACAAAACGCUCAUUGUCUUAAGCAGUUGACUGCUCUCAGGAAAACGAAAGUAUUAUCUCUACCGCACCGACCUAUCUCACUGGAGACGUCACCUUCGCGGUGCGUUCAGGGACAGUAAAAAGUGUCCGCCAUAUUAGAAUCCGAUUCGUUACAUUAUUUUCAGGAAUAAUUAUUAAUUCUUCUUCUUCUUCUUAUAUUAUUCUGAAUUAUUUAUUUAUAACUUAUUUGUUUUUCUAUGUUUAAUUGCCAUUUGUAACAGUGCCAGCAGUAUUUAUUAAGAAUUUAGUGUAUGUUUUUAGGCUUUGGAACGAAUUAAUGGAAUUAUAAUGUAUUCCUAUGGGGAAAUCCUGCUCGACAUACGACCAUUUGGACUUACAAACAAGGUCCUGGAACGAAUUAAAUCCGUAUGUAGAGGUACCACUGUACUCUGCUUUCAUGCCAGGAGACUGGAGUAGAUCAUGCUAUAAUUCAAUUGAAUCAUUUAACAAAAGAAAGAAAAGGAAAAACCUUUAGAAUCAAAAAGUAAUUUUUUGGAUCGAGAAUCGGAAAAAUCGUUUUUGAAUUGAAUCGUGACCCAGAGAAUCGAUAUUGAAUCGAAUCGUGGAACACCCAAAGAUUCACAGCUCUACAUAAUAUGGCUCAAAAACAAAAAGGAUUGCUUCGAUCAAAGAAAACAGUUUCAAUGAAAAAUAAAGUGUUGAAAUGCAAAUU